GGGCAAUCCCACACCUACAGACGCCUCUAUAUAAACAAAUACAGCUGCAUUCUUCACUUUCGUAACAUUCUAGCCUAGCAGGUGACGGAUGAAGGCUUGAUGCAACCAACUUGUAGAGGAUUACUUCUUAUGGCUAGAAAUAAAUCUACUGGAUCUGCUGACAUUUAACUACAUCUACUAGUUGUAUCUACUGGAUCUGCUGGCAUUUAACUACAUCUACUAGUUGUAUCUACUGGAUCUACUGACAUUUAACUACAUCUACUAGUUGUAUCUACUGGAUCUACUGACAUUUAACUACAUCUACUAGUUGUAUCUACUGGAUCUGCUGGCAUUUAACUACAUCUACUAGUUGUAUCUACUGGAUCUGCUGACAUUUAACUACAUCUACUAGUUGUAUCUACUGGAGCUGCUGACAUUUAACUACAUCUACUAGUUGUAUCUACUGGAUCUACUGACAUUUAACUACAUCUACUAGUUGUAUCUACUGGAUCUGCUGACAUUUAACUACAUCUACUAGUUGUAUCUACUGGAUCUACUGACAUUUAACUACAUCUACUAGUUGUAUCUACUGGAUCUGCUGACAUUUAACUACAUCUACUAGUUGUAUCUACUGGAGCUUGUAUUUGAUUGCAUCUAUGGAGCUGACCAUUCAACUGAUAUUGUUUGCAACGAUCGCCCUAGUGGUCCUAAUUGCAAUCUUGAUUGCUGUUGUUCAUAAAGUUAAAUCGCAAACAGUUGACAGGUUCCUGGUGAAAAACCCACCAAAAGACACCGUGAUCCUCCACCAAUAUGGCGCUUCUCCUACAGUACCUAGUAUAUCACCUUACGUCAUCAAACUUGAAACAUACCUCAAAGUGGCCAAAAUUCCUUACGUUAACCAUUACGAUCGUAAGCCAGGACCUAAAGGCAAACUUCCAUGGAUACAGUUCAAUGAACACGUGAUACCCGAUACACACUUCAUCAUUCAGUUCUUGAACAAAAAGUUUCACAUCGACCUGAAUAAAAACCUGAGCAGAGAACAGUUAGCGAUUGGUCACAUGGCACGGAGGACAGUUGAAGAAUCGCUUUACUGGAUUAUGCUGACCUUUCGUCUAGUGUUUGAGAAAUGCGGCACCAUCUACAAGAAACUUGGUCUACCCAUGUUUUUCAUCUGGUACAUGCGCGCCACUGCUAAGGGCAGGCUUUUUUCUCAUGGUAUUUCCCGCCAUUCUGAGGAUGAGGUCAGACAGUUGAUGGAAGAUGACCUCAGUGCUAUCUCGGCUAUUUUAGGCCAGAAGCGUUUUCUGUUUGGCAACUCAGUUGAAGAUGUGACCGAGUUUGAUUGCGCUGUGUUCGGUCAGCUUUGUCAGAUGGUGUGGCAGAUGCCAGACUGUCACGUAGAAGACGUUAUUGCUGGAAAUUUUCCUAAUCUGGUGGAAUACUGUACAAGGAUGAAGACAGAAUUCUGGGCUGACUGGGAGCAGAGGUUGCUCAAGCAGCAUUAACGGACCUUACAAAUAACGUUAGCAGCGCAUAUCUCAUAACCCUAAAACCGCCAUUCAUAUUAGACCGCACAUAUUUUCAUUCAAGUUAUAAAUUUACCACUUUAUGUCUGAUUUCACAUCUAUUUCUUUUAAAGUUCUAGGGAAAAGUGUGAAAAUUUGGAGUUAUGAAAUUAUUUUAGUUUCCAACCACCUAAGUUAGUGGAUAAUUUACUACUUUAAUAAAGUUAUCUUUCUGCAAAUAAGCAAUGUGUAGAUAAGCAUAGUCUAAAGGGUUUCAAGGUGGUAAACAGGUUACGUCAUAAAAUUAUGUAAAAUAAUGUAUAAUAAACACUGUCCACUACAAGUGGACGCCAAACGUGCAAUAUAAACCUACGACAUAUGAACACUCGCUGUUUAUCCGAAUUAUUUUCAUUUUAUAAAUGCUUACACGUGUAUGCCAAAUUGGCUCUUUUUCAAAAUAAAUUACAGAUUUUUACUGAACCAAAAUUCACAUGUUUGUGAAAUAAAAUAAAUAAAUAAAAAUG